AUGUCUAAGAACCCAGAGUUCAUCAAUCUGUCAUUUUUAUUAGACCAUGAGAAGGAAAUGAUCCUGGGAGUCCUAAAGAGAGAUGAAUAUUUGAAAAAAGUGGAAGACAAGAGAAUAAGGAAGCUGAAAAAUGAACUUUUAGAGGCAAAACGUAGAGGUGGGAAGACUCAACAAGAGACAACUAGAGUCUGUGCUCACUGUCAGAAAAACCUUGGCUUCAUCUUUGACCGGGGAGAUCCAUGCCAAAUCUGCUUCCUCAAGGUGUGCAGUGAAUGUCGAGUCAUGGGCCCCGAUGGCAGAUGGAAGUGCACUGUCUGUGCCAAAGUCGCGCAGCUAAGGUUUAUAAGCGGAGAAUGGUUUAAUGAAGAAAAGGCAAAGCGUUUCAACCAAGUCAAUGUUCUGGGCACUGAUGUUGUCCGACAGUCCAUCUUAAGAAGAAGCCCAGGAGCUGAAGAAAUACAAAGCCAAGAGCAAGCCCAACAAGGUGUAGACAAGUCAGAUACUUCAUCUUCAAUCAAACAGAAGGCCACUCAUGAUGGAUCCAAGAGGAAGGGAUUUCUUCUGAGCAAGUUCAGAUCAGCAACCAGAGGAGAAAUCAGAACUCCAAAACCUGAAAGUGGAAGAAGCUAUAGCUUGGACUUAGACAGUCAGACUCUUCAAAGUUUCAAGUCAGCCUCUGGAUCAGACAGGAGAAGUACCGCUUCACCAGAUCUCAUUGACCGGGAGGCGGGACGAGGAACACCGACAAACAGCUACAGCAAUGGUGGAAGCCCAGCCGCCCAGAGGUCACCAGCCCCAAGUGCUCGUAGUGUGACCUCCAUCAGCAGUAGAGACCACGUUGUUGAAAAGUCCAUGGCUGUGGGUGCCAAGGAAAGCCCCUCUGAGGAGCUAACAAAGAGUCACUGCAGAAACACAUCUGGGCCACCUUCCAUCGCGGUGUCGGGUGCCUCCCUUUCCUCGGACCGGAGUCAAUCUGAGUUAGAUUUGAGUGAGUCAUUUACAGAAGACUUAGAGGAUACUUCAAGCAUAAGAAGCAGAUCUGUCCCUGGGACAUUAGACAAAGACUUGAACUCCUUAGAAGAUGCUGAAGAUGAUGCCAACGACUUAGCGUCCUCUGGGUUUUCGGCAACUCCCCACAGUCUGGCAAUAGGCCUUUCAAUGAACUCCCAAGCAGGAUCUGAUAGGAAGAGGAGCUACCUAAAUGUGCCUGAUGCUGAUUCAGACACCACCAGCCUUAACAGCAUGACGAGUGUUUACAGUGAGACAGGAGACUAUGGCAACGUGAAGGUAACCGGGGAAAUUCUCCUCCACAUCAGCUACUGCUACAAAACUGGCAGCCUCUACAUUUUUGUCAAGAAUUGCAGAAACCUGGCCAUAGGUGAUGAAAAGAGACAGAGGACAGAUGCUUACGUCAAGUCAUACCUUCUUCCAGACAAGUCCCGAAACAAUAAGCGCAAGACCAAAAUCAGAACAGGCACCAAUCCAGAAUUUAACGAAACACUGAAGUAUACCAUCAGCCACACCCAGCUGGAAACAAGAACUCUGCAGCUCUCAGUCUGGCACUACGAUCGCUUUGGACACAACAGUUUUCUUGGAGAGGUGGAGAUAGCUUUUGACUCAUGGAACUUUGAAAACCCAUGUGAUGAGUGGUUUGUGCUUCAGCCCAAGGUGGAGUUGCCUCCUGAUAUUGGCCUUCAAUACAAAGGAGAGCUAACGGUUGUCUUACGAUACAUUCCUCCAGAGGAGAGCCCUAUAGUCCAAGUAGAACAACCUCAAGGAAAGAAGACUUUUAAAAAGGGAAAGAAGAAAGAGUUACCUAUCAUCUCUGGGGGAAUACUUGAAGUGCUCAUCAAAGAAGCAAAGAAUCUGACAGCAGUCAAAUCGGGAGGCACUUCUGACAGCUUCGUGAAGUGCUACUUGCUUCCUGAUGAUCACAAAGCCACCAAGCACAAAACGGCGGUUGUCAAAAAGAGUGUUAACCCUCAGUGGAAUCAUACAUUCGUAUUCAGCAGCCUGUAUCCUCAGGAUAUAACGAACGUUUGCCUAGAACUCACCAUCUGGGACAAGGAAGCCUUUUCCAGCAACAUCUUCCUAGGAGGUGUUCGUUUAAAUUGUGGAAGCGGUGUCAGUCAUGGGAAGAAUGUGGACUGGAUGGACUCUCGAGGGGAGGAACAGCACCUUUGGCAAAGGAUGAUGGACAACCCUGGGACAUCUGUAGAAGGCAUUCUCAUGCUGCGUUCCAGCAUGGCAAAAUGGAGGGUCUGA